AUGCCACAAAACUCCAUCUUCCUUCUUCUCACCAUUCUGGUGGUCCCAAGUUUCUGUAUUAUUUUGCCUCAAAAACCCCCAAAGGUGAAAGACUGCCCAGUUCAAAAUUGCCCAGGAGAAUCCAAUGGAAACUGUGGAAAGUUCGGUGCUGGAUGGAAGAACUUCACACGGCCACUGGGAGAGUGGUGCAUGAAGAUCUUCUACGAGAACUCAACCACCCAACCAAUUGCUGAGCAACGUUGCCAAGCGCAAGGAGCAACACUGUCAGGUCUUCAGAAUCAGAUGGAGGCUCAAUAUGUUGUCUCUACUGUAACCCGCCGCAUCUAUCCUGAAACUGGAAGCGUCUGGGUUGGCAUGGCAAGAAGAAGUUUUUGUCAAACAGUUGGAUUGACUGAAGAUUGUAGCUGGGCUACCAGUUUCCAGUGGACCGAUAAUUCAGCUAUAGGAUUCGAUGGAUUUGGAUGGGCAUGUAACCAACCGGAUAACGCUAGAGGUCGCUCCCAACAUUGCGGUGUUCUAACUGUUUCAUCUCAGGGAUCUGUUGAUGGAACCCAAACUGGACUUUUGGAUGACGUUGGUUGCGAGUUUGACUUCAUCAAAAAUGACAAGAAGGAAAGAGACAUCAAGGCAUACAUCUGUGGAAAGAAACCAUAA